AGCGCGGUUCCGCGCGCUGUCCACUCCCUCGCCGAGCGCUCGGUGCGUGCCAGGCCGGGCGGCGCUGUGGGCGGUGGUGCAGGGCCCUCCCCCGGGAGCUGUGCCGCCAAGGUGGAAAUGCGGAAGUUUCCCGGCGCGGCUGACAGAUGAGGCUGGCGGCGAGCGCGGCGGGCGCUGCAGCGGCUGUACGUUCAGGCCCCGUCCCUCGGCACCCCCGCGAGUCCCGAGGCCGGCGAGCCGUGCGUGCGCCAUGGCCACGCUGCCAAGCGCCGAGCGCCGCGCCUUCGCGCUCAAGAUCAACAGGUAUUCAUCAUCGGAAAUAAGAAAGCAGUUUACACUCCCACCCAGCCUGGGACAGUACCACCGGCACAGCAUUAGUACAUCCGGCUUCCCCUCCCUUCAGCUACCUCAGCUUUAUGAGCCCGUGGAGCCGGUGGACUUUGAAGGACUUGUGAUGACCCACUUAGACAGCUUGGAUGCGGAACUGGCCCAGGAGCUGGGGGACCUCACCGACGAUGACUUGCAUGUGGCCUUCACACCCAAGGAAUGUAGGACUUUGCAGCCCUCUCUGCCAGAGGAAGGAGUUGAACUGGAUCCUCAUGUCAGGGACUGUGUUCAGACCUAUAUUCGAGAGUGGCUGAUUGUGAACCGGAAAAACCAAGGAAGUUCAGAGUUUUGCAGCUUUAAGAAAACUGGAUCACGGAGAGAUUUUCACAAGACGCUUCAGAAACAGACGUUUGAGUCAGAAACUCUGGAGUGCAGUGAACCAGCCACUCAGACAGGACCCUGCCGCUUAAAGGUGCUGUGUGAUGUGUCUGGGAAGGGCCCCCUCACUACUUGUGACUUCGACCUCCGCAGCCUGCAGCCUGAUGAGCGGCUGGAGAACCUGCUGCAGCUUCUUAGUGCUGAGGACUUUGAGAAAGAGAAAGAGGAGGCCCGAAAGACCAAUAGACCGGCUGAGCUCUUUGCCCUGUAUCCAUCCGUGGACGAGGAGGAUGCUGUGGAAAUACGUCCAGUGCCGGAAUGUCCUAAGGAACAUCUAGGCAACAGAAUACUGGUCAAGGUGCUGACUCUGAAGUUUGAGAUUGAAAUUGAGCCUCUGUUUGCCAGCAUUGCCCUCUAUGAUGUUAAAGAAAGGAAAAAGAUCUCAGAAAAUUUCCACUGUGACCUGAACUCUGACCAGUUCAAAGGGUUCCUGCGAGCUCACACCCCCUCAGUUGACCCAUCGAGUCAGGCAAGGUCUGCAGUGUUCUCCGUCACCUACCCAUCCUCAGACAUCUACCUGGUUGUCAAGAUUGAAAAGGUCCUUCAGCAGGGGGAGAUUGCAGACUGCGCAGAACCCUACAUGGUCAUCAAAGAAAGUGAUGGUGGAAAGAGUAAAGAAAAGGUUGAAAAACUAAAACUUCAGGCUGAAUCCUUUUGCCAACGUUUGGGGAAAUACCGGAUGCCCUUUGCCUGGGCCCCUAUUAGCUUAGCAAGCUUCUUCAACGUCUCCAUCCUUGAAAGGGAAAGCGCUGACAUGGAGCCCGUGGUUGGGAGAAACUCUGUGGGUGAGCGGAGGAGUUUGUCCCAAUCCAGGAGGCCUUCUGAGCGAUCUCUCUCCUUUGAGGAAAAUGGAGUUGGAUCCAACUUCAAAACCACCACCUUGGCCACAAAUAUCUUCUUCAAGCAGGAAGGAGAUCGCCUUAGUGAUGAAGACUUGUUCAAGUUUUUAGCUGACUACAAGAGGUCUUCAUCCUUACAGCGAAGAGUCAAAUCCAUCCCAGGCUCUCUUAGGCUGGAGAUAUCCCCAGCUCCUGAUGUGAUGAGCUGCUGCCUGACACCUGAGAUGCUGCCCGUCAAACCCUUUCCCGAGAACCGGACACGGCCACACAAGGAGGUUUUGGAGUUUCCGAUACGGGAAGUGUACGUCCCUCACACUGUGUACAGAAAUCUUCUCUACGUCUACCCACAGAGACUGAACUUUGCUAACAAACUAGCAUCUGCCCGAAACAUUACAAUAAAGAUCCAGUUUAUGUGUGGAGAAGACCCCAGCAACGCCUUGCCAGUCAUCUUUGGGAAGUCCAGUGGACCUGAAUUUCUGCAGGAAGUGUACACAGCAAUUACAUACCAUAAUAAGUCUCCGGACUUUUAUGAAGAAGUGAAAAUUAAGCUCCCUGCCAAGCUCACGGUAAAUCACCACCUCCUCUUCACCUUCUACCACAUCAGCUGCCAGCAGAAGCAAGGAGCCUCGGGAGAAAGUCUUCUGGGGUACUCGUGGCUGCCGAUUCUCUUAAAUGAGCGUCUCCAAACCGGAUCCUAUUGUCUCCCAGUUGCCUUGGAAAAACUGCCGACCAACUACUCCAUGCAUUCUGCUGAGAAAGUCCCUUUACAGAAUCCUCCCAUCAAGUGGGCUGAGGGCCAUAAGGGGGUAUUUAAUAUUGAAGUGCAAGCUGUGUCUUCCGUUCACACCCAGGACAACCACCUGGAGAAGUUCUUCACCCUUUGCCACUCUCUGGAGAGCCAGGUGACCUUCCCGAUCCGUGUGCUGGACCAGAAGAUCACAGAGAACACACUGGAGCAUGAGCUGAAACUCAGCAUCAUCUGCCUGAACUCCUCCCGCCUGGAGCCCCUGGUGCUCUUCCUCCACCUGGUGCUGGACAAGCUCUUCCAGCUUGCUGUGCAGCCCAUGGUCAUUGCUGGCCAAACAGCAAACUUCUCCCAGUUUGCCUUUGAGUCUGUGGUGGCCAUUGCAAACAGCCUGCACAACAGCACAGGCCUGAGAAAGGACCAGCACGGGAGGAACUGCCUGCUGGCCUCCUACGUGCACUACGUGUUCCGGCUGCCUGAGCUGCACAGGGAUGCACCCAAGUCAGGUGGCCCUGCUGUCAGCCCCGACCCCCGAUACCACACAUAUGGCCGCACAUCUGCUGCUGCCGUGAGUUCAAAGCUGAUGCAGGCCCGUGUGAUGAGCAGCAGCAAUCCAGACCUGGCUGGGACACACUGUGCAGCGGACGAGGAAGUAAAGAGCAUCAUGUCUUCAAAGAUUGCUGAUCGAAACUGCAGCCGGAUGUCUUACUAUGGCUCUGGCAAUAAUGAUGUUCCAGGUUCCACUGCAGCCCCAAGACCGGUCAGCAAAAAGCAUUUUCACGAGGAGCUCGCCCUGCAGAUGGUGGUCAGCACCGGACUAGUGAGAGAAACCGUCUUCAAGUAUGCCUGGUUCUUCUUCGAACUUCUGGUGAAAAGCAUGGCGCAGUAUGUACAUAACCUGGAUAAACGUGACAGCUUUCGGAGGACUCGUUUUUCUGACCGCUUCAAAGAUGACAUAACGACCAUUGUGAAUGUGGUCACUUCGGAGAUAGCAGCCCUUUUAGUGAAACCUCAGAAGGAAAGUGAGCAGGCAGAGAAGAUCAACAUCAGCCUGGCUUUCUUCUUGUAUGACCUUCUCUCACUCAUGGACAGAGGCUUCGUGUUCAACCUCAUCAAGCAUUAUUGCAACCAGCUAUCCGCCAAGCUUAAUACCCUUCCAACGCUCAUUUCCAUGCGGCUGGAGUUCCUGAGAAUCCUCUGUAGCCAUGAGCAUUACCUCAACCUGAACCUCCUCUUCAUGAAUACAGACACUGCGCCAGCAUCUCCCUGUCCCUCCAUAUCCUCCCAGAACUCAAGCUCCUGCUCCAGUUUCCAGGAUCAAAAGAUUGCCAGCAUGUUCGACCUGACCCCGGAGUACCGGCAGCAGCACUUUCUCACGGGGCUCCUCUUCACAGAGCUGGCUGUUGCCCUGGAUUCUGAAGGGGACGGAAUCAGCAGAGUACAGAGAAAAGCUGUGAGCGCCAUCCACAGCCUCCUGAGUUCUCACGACCUGGAUCCACGGUGUCUCAAACCAGAAGUCAAAGUCAAAAUCGCCGCCCUUUACCUGCCCUUGGUGGGUAUCAUCCUGGACGCCCUGCCACAGCUCUAUGACUUUACAGUUGCAGAUGCUCGCAGUGGGAGGAGCCGUGCCAGCGGCUCAUACGAAGAACAAGAUGUGGCCAAUGGAAUCAACCAGAAUGUGGCCCUGGCCAUAGCAGGGAAUCAUUUUAACUUGAAGACAAGUGGAGCAAUGCUGUCUUCCUUGCCCUAUAAGCAAUACAACAUGCUGAAUGCAGACACCACCCGCCACCUCCUGAUCUGCUUCCUGUGGAUCAUGAAAAAUGCUGACCAGAGCCUCAUUCGGAGGUGGAUUGCUGACCUGCCUUCCAUGCAGCUCAACAGGAUUUUAGACUUGCUGUUCAUCUGUGUCUCCUGCUUUGAGUACAAGGGGAAGCAGAGCUCUGACAGAGUCAGUAAUCAAGUCCUACAGAAGUCAAGGGAUGUCAAGGCCAAGCUGGAAGAGGCCCUGCUCCGUGGGGAAGGAGCCCGCGGGGAGAUGAUGCGCCGUCGCACUCCAGGGAAUGACCGAUUUCCAGGCCUAAAUGAAAAUCUGAGAUGGCGGAAAGAGCAGACACAGUGGCGGCAAGCUAACGAGAAAACGGAUAAAACAAAGGCAGAGUUAGAUCAAGAAGCCUUGAUCAGUGGCAAUCUGGCAACAGAAGCAAAUUUAAUCAUACUGGAUAUGCAGGAAAACAUCAUCCAGGCAAGCUCCGCCCUGGACUGUAAAGACAGCCUGCUGGGAGGUGUCCUGCGAGUCCUGGUGAAUUCUCUGAGCUGUGAUCAGAGCACCACCUACCUGACUCACUGCUUUGCAACUCUCCGAGCACUCAUUGCCAAGUUUGGAGACUUGCUGUUCGAGGAAGAAGUGGAGCAAUGUGCUGACCUGUGUCAGCGAGUGCUGCACCACUGCAGCAGCAGCAUGGACAUCACACGGAGCCAAGCAUGUGCCACCCUCUACCUCCUCAUGCGCUGCAGUUUUGGAGCCACCAGUAACUUUGCAAGAGUAAAGAUGCAGGUAACCAUGGCGCUAGCAUCCUUGGUAGGCAAAGCACCAGACUUCAAUGAAGAGCACCUGAGAAGGUCCUUGAGGACAAUUCUGGCCUACUCAGAAGAGGACAUGGCUAUGCAAACAACUCCUUUUCCCACCCAGGUGGAGGAACUUCUUUGCAAUCUGAACAGCAUUUUAUAUGAUACAGUGAAAAUGAGGGAAUUCCAGGAAGACCCUGAGAUGCUCAUGGACCUCAUGUACAGGAUCGCCAAGAGCUACCAAGCAUCUCCUGACCUGCGUCUGACCUGGCUCCAGAACAUGGCAGAGAAGCACACCAAGAAGAAGUGCUUCACGGAGGCUGCCAUGUGCCUGGUGCACGCAGCCGCCUUGGUGGCCGAGUACCUGAGCAUGCUGGAGGACCGCAGCUACCUGCCUGUGGGCAGCGUCAGUUUUCAGAAUAUUUCCUCCAAUGUGUUGGAAGAGUCUGCCGUCUCUGACGACACCUUGUCACCUGAUGAGGAUGGAGUGUGCUCUGGUCGGUACUUCACGGAGAGUGGACUAGUGGGCCUCCUGGAGCAGGCUGCAGAGCUCUUCAGCACGGGAGGCUUGUAUGAGACAGUUAAUGAAGUCUACAAGCUGGUCAUCCCCAUCCUGGAAGCACAUAGAGAUUUCCGGAAGCUGACCUCUACUCAUGACAAACUGCAGAAGGCCUUUGACAACAUCAUCAACAAGGACCAUAAGAGGAUGUUUGGAACUUACUUCCGAGUUGGUUUCUACGGAUCCAAAUUUGGAGAUUUGGAUGAGCAGGAAUUUGUGUACAAGGAACCUGCAAUUACAAAGCUUCCCGAGAUCUCGCAUAGACUAGAGGGAUUUUAUGGCCAAUGUUUUGGUGCAGAGUUUGUGGAAGUGAUAAAAGACUCCACUCCUGUGGAUAAAACCAAGUUGGAUCCUAACAAGGCCUACAUACAGAUCACUUUUGUGGAGCCCUACUUUGAUGAGUAUGAGAUGAAAGACAGGGUGACCUACUUCGAGAAGAAUUUCAACCUUCGGAGGUUCAUGUACACCACCCCCUUCACUCUGGAGGGGCGGCCUCGGGGAGAGCUGCACGAACAGUAUCGCAGGAACACGGUGCUCACCACCAUGCAUGCCUUCCCCUACAUCAAGACCAGAAUCCAAGUCAUCCAGAAGGAGGAGUUCGUCUUGACUCCGAUUGAAGUUGCCAUUGAAGAUAUGAAGAAGAAGACCCUGCAGUUAGCGGUGGCCACUCACCAGGAGCCCCCUGAUGCCAAGAUGCUGCAGAUGGUACUACAAGGCUCUGUAGGAGCCACUGUAAACCAGGGACCACUGGAGGUAGCCCAAGUGUUCUUGGCUGAAAUUCCAGCUGACCCAAAGCUCUAUCGACAUCACAACAAGCUGAGGUUAUGCUUCAAGGAGUUCAUAAUGCGAUGUGGUGAGGCCGUGGAGAAGAACAGGCGGCUUAUCACAGCAGAGCAGCGGGAGUACCAGCAGGAACUCAAGAAGAACUACAGCAGGCUGAAGGACAGCCUCAGGCCCAUGAUUGAGCGGAAAAUCCCGGAGCUCUACAAGCCCAUAUUCAGAAUCGACAGUCAAAAGAGGGACUCCUUCCACAGAUCUAGUUUCAGGAAAUGUGAAACCCAGUUGUCACAGGGCAGCUGAGAAAAGCCACCUUUGCCUGCAGUGACUGAGGCCUUACUACCCGGAAGGACUCGCUGGUACGUGGACAGCAGCCACCUGAGACUGACUGACUACAGUCCCUGCCCAGCCAGUGCUCUGGAAUCUUCAGAGUCCAUGACCAUGGAAUGAUACCCAAGUGUAUUCUGGAACAUCUUGGCCAUGCCAGGGGUUGGGGUGGGGUGGUAAAUGAAGAGUAACUUUAUUUAUUAAAGUAUUUUUCACAAUGCUA